UCACUAUUACUUUUUACAUAUUAUCAAUUAUUUUAAUUGUUGGUUUUCUAUUUAAUUAAUAUUUAUUCUUAAAUAAAUUGAACAAAAAACCUUUUAAUAAUCAAAAAAAAAAUUUAAGCUUUUAAACUAAUUUGAUUAGCAAUUAAUAAGAUUACGUAUAUGUAAUCUGCAGAAAUUUGUAAUAAUAUUCAAUUUUAAAGAAAAUAAUUACGAAAAAAUUAAGUACUUCAAACCGAAUUCUGAACAUACUGUCUAUUUAGGUUUUUGACUUGUGCGUGCUGUAAUUUUGACAGUUGAAGUUUCUCUUUUGGAAGUUCAUUCAAGAAGCAGAGAUGUCUGCUCACAAAACUUUUAUCAUCAAGCGAAAGCUUGCCAAAAAACUUAAACAAAACAGACCUAUUCCCCAAUGGGUCCGUAUGAGGACAGGAAACACAAUCAGAUACAAUGCCAAGAGGCGUCACUGGCGUAGAACCAAGCUAAAGUUGUAAAUUGUUUUUAUAGUCAAUUGACCUUUAUUUACUUUAGUUAAUAAACAUUACUCCAUAAAAA